AAUCAGGGAUAGCAGUUUGGGAGAAGUGAAAACGGGUAGAGAAGCUCUAAGAAGUCGUCUUAAAAGAGGGGUUUAAAAGUAUCGGACGAGUUGACUGUCGUUCGCGCGACAGCACGGCAGCAAGAAACUUGGAAACAUCUCUGAACAUCUCUCAAGUCUCAAAGAAGCUCUGCCGUAACAAUGUUGAGCUGGGCUCUAGCUUCACUCCUUCUGGUGUCAGCGACUACCAUUCGAGCUUCCCCCACUCCCGAUGGCAGUGUAGGUAUAGGUGUCGGCGCCUCCUUUGAAACUUCAGCAGACUUGAGUGCUGACAUUGGUUUUGAUGAAACGAUCGAAGCUCAGAUCAGUGGAAGUGAUGACUCUUCAGUUUACCAAGGGCCCAUCGAAUGGGAUGAUGACUGUGACUGCCGUCUGGAUGACAAUGACUACUAUGAUGAUAUCUUAUACAUUGCAAGACGAUACCAAGAUUUCCUUUCUGUAAGAGACUUCCAAACAUUCACUGAAAAGGAGGUAGAUUCAGUUCGAGAACAUACAUACAACCACGGUUCAGACAACGAGACUACUUAUUUCGAGAAUGAACGUGCAUUCCAGAGAUUGCGUCUGAGACCUAGAGUUUUGCGUGGUGUUGGUACACGUGACACUACGACUCAACUCUUAGGAGAUGAUUCUUCUUUUCCUCUUGGAUUGAUUUCUAAUGCGUUUAUGGAGUUUGCGGAUCCAGAUGGUGAAAUUGGAAUAGCUAGAGCGGCAGAGUGCGAGGGUGUUCCGUACAUCGUCAGCGCUUUCUCCAGUACAGAUCUUGAGGAAAUAUCACUGAGAGCUCCUCAUGCCAACCUGUGGAUGGAAACCUUCAUAUUUUUCGAUAGAAGCAUCACCCAAAGCAUUGUAGAAAGAGCAGAGGCAGCAGGUUACAGAGCCAUUGUUAUCUCUGUUGACCGGCCAGUUCAUCCAAAUCUAAUACUUACUGCUAAGGAUCAUCUAGUCUUGCCAGAGUAUAUUCGUCUUCCAAACAUCGAAAAUGAUUUGUCUAACGAGGGGUUCGAACACUUAGACGCCGUAGAAGAGAAUUUCAUCGACGCCGAUUUCGGUGGCAACAACAGAAACUAUUUCCGACGUCAUCACGUGCUGUCCAACAUCGAACUCGUGAAAGGCAGAGGCUAUUUCAAAACGACUAAGGUCGACCAGAAAUACGAAAGAUACGAGAGGUGCAUCGGCUCGUUCCUUGUUUCGGAAAUUUACAACUAUUUGAUUAAUCCCGCGCAAAGUUGGGAAGAUCUCCGUUGGAUCACGACAUUGACUGAUCUGCCAAUCGUUGUUCGAGGCAUCCUGACUGGAUGCGAUGCCGUCAGAGCUGUUGAGAACGGUGUAAGCGCUAUUAUUGUGGAUAACAGUGGUGGCCAAACAGUUGAUACAGCCCCAGCAUCAAUUGAAGCUCUUGCCGAAGUUCUGGAAGCUGUAGAUGUGUACCAAAACAUCGAGGUGUACCUGGCUGGAGGUGUGCGAUGGGGAACUGAUAUUUUCAAGGCUCUAGCAAUGGGAGCCGAUGCAGUCUUCAUCAACAAACCCGUAACAUGGGGCCUGUUUCAUAGCGGUAAAUGUGGAGUCAGAAGAGUUAUUCAGCUACUCCGAGCUGAAUUCGACAGAGACAUGGCUUUUAUGGGAACGAAGCAUGUAGAUGAAAUUACCUCCACCAUGUUGGUGAGCGAGAAUUAUUUCCACAACAGAUACAGGCCCGAUGACGUAGAUGCAAGAAACACAGUCCGUGAAGAUCAACUUGAGUGCCCAUUCGGCUACGACUACGACGAGGGAUAUCAACAAGAUCUCACAGAUGUAAAUGAUCUCAAUUUAGUCAAGAGAAACGGAAAAUUCCGCACAUAUCUUUAAAUGAAACACUGCAUUUCACGACUGAAAACUCUCCCGAAGAGAAAGAAACUUCUCAAGUAUCUUUAUUUCAAAGCAAACAAGCCAUAAAACAUUUUUAAAAAAUCUGCUCGGCUGAUAAUCUAAAUUAGACAAAAAGCAAUUUUCCUGAUCUAUGGCUACAAAAUUAUUCAAGGCAUACUUCAAAAAGUUUAACAAUGAGAAGUUGGGAAAAAAUCGAACUCAUGUAUAGAGUCUUGUUAAAGUUAACUUUUUUUUCUGAAUAAACUAUCAUUUUAUGAAUUCUGCAAUUACAUUUUCAGAAUAAAAACAUUUCAAAUUUGAA